UGUGGUAAGCAUCCAAAAAUAUUUAAAAUAAAUGGUAUUCUAUUGUUGUUUAAUCAUGAUUAUUGUUUUAAUCGCUUGGCAGCCCUACUUAUAACACGAUCCAAAGGCUGGAAGUUGAAGCUAGACAAAUUCAGACAGGCAGUAAGGCACACAUUUUUAAUGGUGAGCAUAACGAACUAUUGGAACAACCUACCAAGGGUUGUGGUGGAUUCUUCAUCACUGACAAUUUCUCAAUCAAAGUGGGAUGUUUUUUCUAACCGCUUAGCUCUAGGCAUUAUUGUGGGACAGGUCUCUGGCCCAUGCUAUACAGGAGGUCAGCCUAGAUGAUUCCAAUGGUCUCUUCUGCAUUGGAAUCUAUUAAAUAUGUAUCAGGUGCUUAGCAGAAUUUUGCAUAAGCAUAAGCCACAUUUACUCCUGUCAUAACUAUAAAGGGGAGGGUAACAAACCGCCUGUGUACAAUAUUAUAAAAUCCCUCCUGGCCAGAGACACCAAAAUCCUUUUGAGGCUCUGGGGGGGUCACUCCCUCCUAUAGUCCCCCUAACUGGGAUAUCUGCGUUCACCUCCUGCCCUUUCUUCAGAUUGUCCUUUAUGUGGGUGAUCCCUGCUCUUUCAUCCCCUUCUGCAGCUUCUUUACAUGGUAUUCCCCACCUAGGCCUUGCUUUCUUAGCUUGUUGGUAUUUUUCUAGGGUUUUUGCUUUCCUGCUUCUCCUUGGCCCAGCUUUUCUGACCCACUUCCUUGGAUUGUUUCUGUUUAGGGUUUUCUCAUAUCGCACCUUGUGGGCUCUGGGUCCAUGUUUAAUCCCAGCCCGUCUUUCCCUCACUCCCCAUUGAGGUUGCUUUUCCCCAGGCCUCCUUUCUUCUCCUUAAAGGGAAUGUGUUCCACAGAGUCCCCAUGACCACAGGAUGGGGCAAGGUUUCCGCUACCCUGACCCCUUUCUAUUGGAACCUGUAUACCUUCAAUGGGACUACUGCCACUGGAUAUUAGUUUUUUCUCCCUGUGUAUGCAUUCCACAUACAGGGGUUUUCCCCUCCCAAAAUCACUGUGGUUUCAUCAGCCUAUUCCAGACGAGUGAACAACCAGCUGCUAGUUCAAUAUCCUCUGGCCUAUGGCCCACCCUUAGAGGGAUUGUUUUCGCACUCUUCCUAGAUGUCUCCAUCACCCCAGUCUAACUGCAAAAUUCCCCCAGUCCACGUUACAUAUAUGGGCAGUCCCACUUAAUGUAGCAUUUCCCCCCAGCACUGGCAGCAAGUAAUAUCCCAGCUGCUUGACACAGCCUUUUUCUCCUCCUGUCUCUCACACCCAGACCUUCCUGCUUGAGGGAUCUAGUCUCUUUCCCCCCCCUCGCAUUCCCUGCUUGUGGGGGACGAGCCACUUUCCUGGCAAAUUCUGCUUCAACACGCUUGGCCAGUUUUACUGCUGCAUCCAUUGUCUCUGGUUGGCCUCCUCAUCCAGACCUUAGUGGUAUCUGGGAGGCUCUGCAUAAAUUGUUCUAAUAUAAUGGUAUCCAUGACCUCUUCCAAAUCUUGCCUCUUUGAACUCAGCCAUUGGUAGGCCCAAUCUCUCGACUUCUGUACGAAAGCUUUGGGCCCAACCCCGUAAGUCCAUGUGGCUUCCCUAAAUUUCUGUCUGUACCUUUCAGCCACAAGCCUACAUAGUCCAGUAUAGCUGCCUUUAACACAUGGUGAUUCGUGGCCUGCUCUUCACUCAAUGCCAUGUACGCAGAUUGCGUUUCUCAUGCCAGGUAAGAGGCUAACUCCCAUAAUACUUUAUCCCAGCUUGUGCUAGCAGCAAUUCUCUUGAACAUCCAUAGGAACACUGGAUUAUCCCCAGGGCUCAUUUUAGAGUUCAAGGCCUGCUCCCCCUUGGCAGGAAUUAAGUUUUGUAAUAACUGCUGCUGUACCUGGGUCUGCUCCUCCAUGAAUUCCUAAAACACAUGCUGUUGCUCUGCCUGCCAUCCCAGCAGAUUGUCACUUGGUCUGCUGGAAUGUCCUCCGCAUCCCCUUCUGAGCAUGAACUCCUCCAUCUUUUCCAGAUUCAGCCUGUCCUGUCACAAGCCACCUCUCAAGCCUUCCUGGUUGUGGCUGACAGAUGGAUCCUGGACAAGCCCAAACUUGUGAAUGGGCUUCCCCCUUCCUCUCCAAGAAAUCCCUGGCUGGUCAGCCCACUUUGUGAAUGAAGCAGUGCACAGGUCCACCAAGGUACCUUCACCAUGUGUGUGUGUUUGCCUCCUCUUACGCUCCAGGUACAUUUCAACUACAUAGCAGCAGUUCUAAGAAGCCCUUUCCUGCUCCCUGGAUUAGCCUUUUAUACUGUCUGCUUUCCAUCCCGGGUUCUUCAGCCAGUGGGCUCAUUACUCAUUAACUCGUCAGGCUACCAGCAGGUGUAAGUGCGCUCGUCUGUUUCAGCUGCACGCAGUGCCCUAGGUGGUGGUGGUGGUGAUCAGGGUGCUGGCUUCCAUAGAGCUUUGAUCAGAACCCUGUUACAGGUCCCAGGUUGGUAUUUACAGUGUUGUGAGUAUGGGGGAAGGACACUUCCGUGUGGCUCCCAGUGACGUGUAAGUUGACUUCUCUCUCGGCUGUGUUCCUCUGACUGGGUCUGGCAUGGUGAUUGCCAAAAUAUUGUCAAAGUGAUGUCCAAUCAAAGGGAAUCUCUGCUAAAAAGCCUCUGUGCCACCAUACACAAUGCCUAGUGUAGCUCACUGAGAUUGUGGAUGCUUAAUUCUCACACUUAGCUGAGCAGCAGGCCUGAGAGUCUAACCUCUGCAGAGGUCUCUAGACACAAGACCUGAUUCUGAGAGAUGUUGAGCACCCACACUGCUAGGCUUUAAAAUCUGCCUGUCUUGCUUUUGAUGUAGUUCAUAACCCAGUUGUUUAAGAAGGCAUACCUCUGAUGUAAAUCAAAUUGUACUAAGGGUGUCUGGUCUCUUCCUCUGAGGUGCUCAGUGCUGCAGUACUUUGUCAGAAUCCAGGGCCUUCACCCUUGCAGGACUGCUGCUGUGAGCCCCGUAUGGAACUUGUCUACAUUAGACUGAGCAGGAUGAAUUGGUGACACUAUUGGCUUUGCCAUUCACAGCAAAAGAUCGCUAGUGUUAUUUUAAGCGAAGACUAAGAUACUGUUCUGCUCCUUGUGAACACUGCAGAGGAAUCAUCCAGCCCAAGGGACAGAUAUUCGUUCACAUCUCAACAAGGACUGCUCUAGCCAACCCCUGGCACUAAUGGAUCUGAAGAGAGCCCCAUCCCCCUUAGACAGCAGUUCCAUGUCGCCUUCCCCUCUUAGAUGGGGUAGAAACCAGUACUGGACCUUGCUGAAGGUGUUUCAUAUUGAUGUUGUGAUGGACAAUGGUGCUGUUCAGUAGGAGGCAGCCUCAUUUUGGUGGUUUACAACAGUGUCCCUGUUGUACCUCACUGCAUGCCAAACCUCUUCAUUAACGGACUGUUAUGGCUCUGUAUUUCUUAGUGGCAAACACGUGGAUGGCAGGAAUGGGGUGAUAAGGCUAAAAAGGGCUAUACAGCACAAGUCUGACUUUCUGUAUUUCAGCAUGUUCUUAAGCAAAUCACUGUGACAGGGUCCAGCAACACAUGGGCUGUCUCUCGUUGUUGUUUUUUUUAAAUUACCACAAUCUCACAGUUUGAGAGAUGGAAACCUGUUGAAUAUUAAACAAAUCAGGCCCCAAAGGAAUAUUUGUUAGUAAAUGACUUUUAAAAAGAUCUAGACCUUCUCAGGAGGCUGGGGAGGAGGCAGUUUGUUUCCUUGAAAAAAAUGUAGCUGACGCUAGUGCUAGACAUGUCCUAGCACAAUCCAUUUUACAUGCGUUGCAGACAUGCCUGCUUGCUGUAUCUGCACCCAUUGCAGCUCCACAGCCAGUAGCAGCAGGGGGGAAUGUUGGCACAGACCAGCCCCCUUGUCACCUACUCAGAGCCGGUUUAGGCUAUAUGGUGGUAGAAACAGCUGCAGGCAAACCCCAGUAGCUCUCUGGUAUGCUACACAAGCAGUGUAUUUCCCCCAAAAGGCCUCAAGUAGAGAAGAGUUCUGAAAUACUAAGCUGUAGCCCAAAGGGCAGCAGGCAGCUGAUGUCACAAUCAGUGAGGUCAGUGGCAUGAAAGUUCCAAAAUUACCCCUGGUAUUUCUCGGCUUGCCAUGGCUUCUGCCAGCACUGUCACAGGGAAUCCACAUCCGUGACAAAAGGAAAGGAAAUGUCAGUCAAAGGAAGCACCAGUUCUGUAGCAGCAGCAACAAUCCAGGAAGGUCCUGCAAAACGGGCGGUACUGGUUAGGGCCAGUAAAAAGCCUAAAGAGGAUAGCGCAUCAUCAACUCAGGGAAGCCCCAAGAUUGUGAAGGAGACUAGAGCAGUGAUCAUAGACAUUGGCACAGGUUACUGUAAGUGUGGAUUUGCUGGAGAGCCUCGUCCCUCCCAUGUUAUUUCAUCUACAGUGGGCAAGCAUUUCCAGGAGACUGCUAAAACUGGGGACAAUCGCAAAGAAAGCUUUGUUGGAAAAGAACUUCAGGAUGUGAAAAUACCCCUAAAACUGGUCAACCCCUUGAGACACGGCAUAGUGGUUGACUGGGAUUGUGUCCAAGACAUUUGGGAAUACAUUUUCCACAAAGAGAUGAAGAUUCAGCCAGAGGAGCAUGCGGUGCUGGUAUCAGACCCUCCACUGAGUCCCACCACCAACAGGGAGAAAUAUGCUGAGAUGCUGUUUGAAACGUUCUGCACUCCUGCCAUGCAUAUCGCCUACCAGUCCAGAUUAUCUAUGUAUUCAUACGGAAAGACCUCUGCUCUUGUGGUAGAAAGUGGCCAUGGCGUUUCAUAUGUGGUCCCUAUCUACGAAGGUUAUACUAUGCCAAGCAUUACUGGACGCGUAGACUAUGCUGGAUCAGACCUUACCCAGUACCUCAUGAAGUUAUUAAAUGAGGCGGGGAAAACAUUUACUGGGGAACAACUAAGUGUGAUAGAAGACAUCAAGGAAAAGUGUUGCUAUACGUCUCUGGACCUUCAGCAUGACAUGAGUUUGCCUCUCCGGAAACAGCAGGUUGAUUACGAACUUCCAGAUGGGCACCUAAUUCCCAUUGGCAAAGAGAGAUUCAUGUGUGCUGAAAUGCUCUUUAAACCAUCCUUGAUAGGAUCACAGCAGCCAGCGCUUCCACUGCUGACAAUGACCUGCCUCAGUAAAUGUGAUGUUGAUCUCAAGAAGAAGCUGAUGGGCAAUAUCUUGCUGUGCGGAGGUUGUACCAUGCUGAGGGGUUUCCCUGACCGCUUCCAGAGCGACCUGACCAAGAUGUGGCCCAAUGAUAACCCCAUUGCAGCAGCAUCCCCUGACAGAAAGUCUUCUGUCUGGACUGGAGGGUCAAUUUUGGCAUCACUCAAGGCCUUUCAGCAGCUCUGGGUUUACAGAAGAGAAUAUGAAGAACAGGGUCCUUUCUUCAUCUACAGGAAAUGCUUUUGAGUACAGAGUGGACAGGAUUGAGCUUAAAAUCAAUACUGCCACCCAGAGGGGACUGUAGAUGUCUGAGAACCUCUGUUUCUUUCUCAGAUACUGGUAACAAACCAAGCUGCUUAACUGAAGUUUGGAUCUGUGUUUCACUGUGGCUGUAUUAAAUGUUCAUAGCAUUCUGUGUUGUACAUUAACAGCUUUUAUCUCACUGUUUCAUAAGAAUUUUCACAGUAGCCUAUUUGACUGUAAAAGGGAUAGAGCAGCUGGUUCAGACCCAUUGUCUAUUGCAGUGGUUUUCAGCCUGUGGUCCGGGGACACAGACUGUCUAAGAUUUUCAAAGGGCUCCCCACCUCCAUUUGAAUUUUUUUAUGGAUCUGCAUGGAAAAAAGGUUAAAGCCCUGAUUAAGUGAUAUAGAAAAACAGCACCACUUUCAGCAUCUACAGUGAGUCCGCUGCUGACCACCAGCUAUGGUCGCAAUGAAAUUUUUCUAAUAGGUUACCCCUUAGUGCCCAAAAUGGGUCUGGGCUUGUAGACUAGAGUUUCAAAUUCACUGAACGUGUAGCUCCAUGGUCUACUCUAGGUGUGCUAACCAGGUCUCCAACAAUCACCUGGCUCUGGGCAGGGACCUUUGUCCUACUCUUUUUUUGGGGGGCAGGGGGGCUUCAGGGUGCACAGCCCCUGCCUUAUGUUGUGAUAUCCUCAACAAG